AUGAAGAAUCGCGCAGCCAAGCUAAAAGACGACGUGUUGUCGUCCGGCGGUGAAAGCACCUGGUGGGACGCUUUCGCCCACAUGAACGAAUUGGAGCAAUACUGCCAAAAUUUUCAGGGCUCUCAGUGGCUAGAUGUCCUAGACAUCUUCGCGCACGGGCGCGGAAUGGAAGGGGUAGUAGGUUCUCGCACCUGCACCUCGUUUGAUAUCCGACUCGAGCGGGUGCGUCAUGAUUUGACGACUCGACGGGGCACCCUUAUGCUAUUGGGUUUAGGUAUGAGCUUGACCCAUGGCGCCCUUGUAACGGCUGUGGCUGUGCUGAUGUGCCUCGGCACCUUUCGCAGCUUUUCCCUGGCCAUCGAACAGCCGAAGAGCACGUGGAUGUUUGGCUUGCCUCAGAUGAUUGAGUUGUUCACGCAGCGGAAGAUGCAGAAGUACUUGACAUACCUGGGACAUUUCGGAUGCCCUAUCGCAAAGCCAACAUGGAUCAUGACAGACUUGGCUGCUGACAGUUUGCGAGUGCGAAUGUCAGAGGAAACCAAAGCCAGGUGCAAGAGGAAUGCUGAAAAAUAUUACAAGAAGGAGGUUGUGGAAGGCAGAGUGCGGGUGUCUGGGAAGAAGGCACUUAGCCUGACGGCCAAGUGGCCAAAACUGUUUUGUCGUGCAUUGUACAGCAUUUGGCUGCAGCACUCCGACCAAGUGCAUUAAGCCCUGGUUCCUUGGGUGAGCUGGGACACUUGUUGCUGUGAAGUAGCUGCCAAGCCAGUGCAGACAAUCAGUUGCUGUUGCCCGUUCCCAAUAGUGGCCACCUGUGACACGUGCC